AGCAGCGGCCGAGCGAGGAGAAAGAUAGGAAGGAACGGCGGCGAGCGCAGAGGUGUGCCGGCCGUCGAGCUGCUUACCGGAAGGGGUGCGAAAAAGCGGGCAAGCUGCGCCGGAAGGGGGUAGCCCGGGCUUCUCGCGAAGGCCUCAAAAUUUCGGACGCGACGGCGGCCCUGGACCUGCGUGCCCAGACGCAAGCCCAACCAGACUUCGGCCAGCUAGACCACCAGCAGCCGCAGCAUCACCAUCAGCAGCAGCAGCCGCCGCAGCAGCAACAGCAGCAGCCACCACCACCACAACAACAGCAGCAGCCGCAGCAUCCGCAGCAGCAGCACAACCAAAAUCCAGAGUCGCGUCCUCACCAUCACCUACCACAGCAGCAUCAUCAUCAGCAUCACCCGGGGAAUCAUCUCCACUCUGGCGAUUCGGGGGGUGGGAUAGGUGGAGGAGGAGGCGGCGGUGGAGGAGGUGGCGGCGGCGGCGGAGGUGGCGGUGGAGGUGGCGGCGGCGGCGGAAGCGCCGGUGGUGUUGCUGUUGUUGCUGGCGGAGGGCCGCCCGGCGGACCCGAGCCGGACCGGUCCACAAGAAUUCACGACGAAGAAGACGAGGACAUCACCGAGCGGGAGGACGAGGAGGAGGACGAAGAUCCUUGCAGCUCGCCGGAACCCGACCUUGAAAACGAUUCCGAACCAAUGGAGAUCCAAGCCUCGGCUGUCACGGCGGCAGCCGCGAAUCUCCACGCGCUACGCCAACAUGUAUUUAAAAUGUCGGAUUACUGGCAGCAGCCACAACGCGGUCCACCUCAACAUUCACCCGGAAUACAGCACAGUCCCAUCUCGAAUUCGACGCAGCAGCACCAGCAGCAAGUCCAGCAGAUGCAUAGUCCGCUCGGGCAGCAGCAGCAGCAGCAGCAACAGCAGCAGCAGCAGCAGCAACAGCAGCAGCAGCAAACUGCGGUUUCGCAAGUACAGCAGAACGCGAACGCGACCCUCGGUCAAACCGCGAGUCCGCAACAGCAAAUGCAGCAGCAACAACAGCAGCAUGCGCUGUCGAUGAAUCAGACUAAUCAGGGCCCGCAGCAUCAGUCUUCCCCGGCACCAACGACGCCGUCGCCGCAGGCGGAUCAUCAGGGCGCCAUUGCUUCCAGCAUGGCCCAGAGUCUGCACAGUCUCGCUCAGGCACAGACUAUGUCGCAAGCGUCGAGUCCAUCCUUGGCGGUCCAGGCCGUUCAGGCGGCUCAGGCGCUUAAUCAAAAUCUGGGCCAGGCGCUGACCCAAGCGCUUACGCAAAAUAUGCAGCAAAAUCUCGGACAAACCCUACAGCACAAUUUGGCACAGAGCUUGACGCCGAGUUUGUCGCCGCAACAACAACAGCAACUGCUCAAUCAACCGCAAAAUCUAAGCCAGGCGAGCCAGAGUCUGCAACAGAACAUCCAAAGUCAAGCGCAGAAUCUGUCUCAGACGCUGCAGCAGCAGGCGCAGAACCUCACGCAGAACCUCGGCCAGGCGCUUAACCAGCAAGCGUUGCAACAGCAGGCGCAAAAUCUCACGCAGAAUCUGCAGCAAGCGCAAAAUCUCACCCAAAAUCUUCAGCAGCAGGCGCUCAACAUGGCCGGUACCAUCGCGCAGAACGGCGGUCUCGCCGGUAUGAACAUGUCGGGCAAUCAACAACAGAAUUCACAGAACGCCAUGCUGAGCCCGGGUGCAACCAGCCAGGACUCCCACGACGCCACGCUCACGGAGAAGCUCGUCAACGAGUUGCAGUCUCGUGCCUCUGCGGCGGGGCUUGGAGGUGCAGUAGGUGCCGGCGGUGGUGGAGGAAUGGGCAACAUCAGCGAACGCACCCUCGAGGAAUGCUGGUCCACCCUGCAGCGAAUCUUCAUGCACAAGAGCGCGAUGCAGAUGCACGCGAGGGAGCUGAGCGCGGGUGCACUGACGAGGCCCGGCGGCGGCGUCGCCGGCGGCCUGGCCGGUCUGGGUGUCGGGGUCGGCGUCGGACCGGGUGGCAUGAUCGCCGGCAACGAAGUUAAGCCGCACCAGUGCCAGCAGUGCCUCAAAUCGUUCUCCAGCAACCACCAGCUCGUGCAGCACAUCAGGGUCCACACCGGCGAGAAGCCGUACAAGUGCAGCUACUGCGACCGCAGGUUCAAGCAGCUCAGCCACGUGCAGCAGCACACACGACUGCAUACGGGUGAACGACCGUACAAGUGCCAUUUACCGGACUGCGGGCGGGCCUUCAUCCAACUGUCGAAUUUGCAGCAACACCUGAGGAAUCACGACGCUCAGGUGGAGCGGGCGAAGAACCGGCCGUUCCACUGCAACAUCUGCGGCAAGGGUUUCGCCACGGAGUCCAGCCUCCGUACCCACACGUCGAAGGAGUUGCAACAGCGUGUUGUGUUCCAGCAACACGCCGCCCUGAUCGGCGGCCCGAACGCAACCAGCUGUCCAGUAUGCCACAAGCUCUUCCUCGGCGGCGAGGCGUUGAUGGAGCACAUGAAGCACACCCACAAGGACCCGAACGCUUCCGGAGUUGCCAUUCCCUCCGCUGACUGCACAACCUCCGUUGCCGGGGUUUACCUAGCGAAGCGACGGACCGCCAACCACCCGUGCCCAGUGUGCGGGAAGCACUACGUCAACGAGGGUAGCCUUAGGAAGCAUCUGGCCUGCCAUCCUGAGACCAGUCAACUUAGCACGAGCCUCAGGAUGUGGCCGUGCUCGGUGUGCCAAGCCGUCUUCACUCACGAGAGCGGUCUCCUGAGCCACAUGGAGCAUAUGAGGAUGGAUCCGAAGCAUCAAUUCGCGGCGCAGUACGUGCUGAGUCGCGCGGCCGCCGAGAGGCGGGAAAGGGAGAUUCUCGCGAGUUCGAGUUUAGGAGCGGGUUUAGGCGUGUUGGGAGGAAGUCAAUCUGGAGGACCGCAAAAUUUGCAACAACCACCAAUGUGCCCGUCACCGUCGGCCCAUUCGGACAGCAGUAGCGGCAACGGAAGACUAUCUUCGGCCGGUAGUGAACCUGAUUUUUGCGCAGGCACCGGUCUACUGAACAACAACAACAAUAAUAACAAUAACAAUAUGGCGUCGCCGGGACCGAGCGGCAACAAGCUCAGCGAGAUACUGAGAACGGGAAGUCAACCGGGUUCGGCACAGCAAUAUCACGACGAGAUGCAGUCGCAGCAACAACGCAUGGCUGUCAUGGCCGCCGUGUCAGCGGGAUUGCAAAAUUCGGUAUCGCCUAAUCUCUCGCCGGUCGACAUGGCAUCGUUGGCGGCGGCUAUGAGAAUGGGCAAUAACGGUGACAUGAGCGGCGGUAAUCAAGGAUCGACGGGACCCCAACAGCAGGGAGUGCAAGCGAGCGGACCGGAGCAGGCUCUGAGGAUGCAUCAGGCGGAAGCUCUGCUCCGUUCCCAAGCCGAAGCUGCCCUGAGACUAGCGGUAUCACAAGCAGCGGCAGCCGCGGCAAGUUCCGCGGUGGGUGGCGACGUGAGGCAUCAUUUGGGACAGCACAACGGAGGUAGUACCUCCGGCAUGCCGGGUCACCAUACGAAUCAACAAAUGUCCCAACAGGAUACGCUAACGCCGGAUCUCGGAGAAGCGCUACGGCUACAGGAGCAGCGAUUAGAGCAGGCGCUCAGGCUUCACGGCGGCGACCCGCGCGCCCUGAGUUUUACUCUAGCUCAGCAUGUCGUCAACCAACAAAGUAAUCAGCAACCAUGAAAAUUCAGUUACUACUGAGACGAGUGGACCCCUUGGGCGUCGGAUCAGACGACUCUGCAGCAGAACGAGCGCAUGAACCAGCAACAGUCGCAAUCGUCGACGGAGCGCUUGACACCGUUGCACGAUCAGCAGCAGCAGCAGCAACAGCAGCAGGGCCCGUCUUCCAUCGGUCAUCAGCAGCAGCAACAACAGCAGCAGCAACCUGAAGACCGUGGCGUCAAGAGGAAAGCCGAUGAGAUGAUCGGUAAUUCCGAUGCGUAAGAGCGAUUACGUUCAUUCGCUGACGUAAUUCGCCCCUGCGCCCAAGUGCGGUCACCAGAAAUUCACUCACUGUCUCAGCAGUAAGAAAACGUCAAACAAAUGUAAGGACUUCGUGAGAAGGAAUGUGUACUUCGGUGUCUUCCUAUUCGGAUAGAACCGAUACGAGGCCGGACCUCAACCGGAAAUUGAUCGAGGGUAUCCACCCUCGGUUGACGAACUCUCCGGAUGGGUCCGCGCUAGACGAAGGGAGGAGAGUGAGAAUACGUACGUGUAUAGCGAAACCGUUGCACGGCGCGAGGCGGGCAAGAUCGCAGUGGCGACGGUCGACUCUCGCGAUUCCCCGUGCGUUUUCCGCGCGGUUCCGCGUCUUUGUUCCUACAUCAGUCCUGGAUCAAGGAUCUGUCGAACGUGGACUCCGCGACGACGUUUGCACGUCGUCUUCGGGUCCCGUUAGGAUUCUCAGGACACGUCGCCACUGCCGCACUGCCGCCUCGACUUCCGAAACGUGCCAUAAUAACUAACGAGAAGCUGCUUAAAAAAAAAAAAAUAAUAAAACAACAUUAAGUCAUCCCGGGCGUUCCGUCCGGGGUGCGCCCCGAGGUACUAUGAUCUUUUAGUACAAGAGCCGAUCAAGCGGUACGCGACGGUGCCGAGGGUCCAACGGGCGAUCCUCGACCGUUUCGUGUUGGCCAGGCUCAACAAACCUAAACUAUAUAUAAAUAUUAUACAUAGAUACGUCUAUCUCCAGUGAACCGCGCUUAAAAGGUUCCACCCUCUAAACCCCCUAAUCGUAAAAGCUCCCGUGAUGCUUGAAAAGCGAAUCGCACACACCAAUAAUAACAUCCCACGUACGCAAGGCUCAUCCGUGACGUGUGCGUCGCGCGGUCGCGGCGAACGUUCCACCACCGACGAGUGGUGUCGUAUCGUCGCGUUAUACGGUUGUUAAUUAUAUACGUACCGAAAUCCCCUUCCCCGUGUGUGCGUGACAGACGGACGAGACGCAACCCAUGCGGACGUUCUCUCACUUGCGAUCAACGUUUCGCGCGAGAAGACGACAAAGCGACGUUGACAUUUCGCGGACGAGAAACGAACGUUGUCGUCGGACGUAACGCGUCGGAACAGAUACGUACGCACACGCACACACGUAUAAACACGAGUAUACACACACGUAAAUACAUAACACAUACAAUACACAUAUAUGUACACAUGUACAAUACAUAUAUUACAAAACUCAUCAGCAGCACACUUUUAAGGUGAAAAUAUAAUGCGCGCAACUUGUGCUCGUCGGUAGCACGAAAACUAUUAGCUCAUAAGCGAACAAACAAAAUAUAGUUAUUACAAACAGUUAUAUUAUAUAUAUUAUAUAUACAUACAGAGUAUGAAGAGUAUGACAGAGACAAAAAACGGGCGAAACCCAUUCACACUUACACGUUUAACUGAAGGUGCGGUAAGCGUGAAAGAGCGAGCAUUUUUCGUGAGCAAAGCACGCGACGAAGAAGAGAGAAAUAAAAAAAACUAAAUGCUAAAUAUUAUAUAUAUUAUAUAUAUAAAUAUUAUAAAUAAUGAAUAUAGGGUCUAUGAGACUAGGAUAGUUAGGCGAAAGGGAAAUACGAGCGAAUGCGGAGCGCGCGCCCCCGGAAGUUUUACGCGAUCCCAAGUAUUGUCGACGUGAGAAUGCGACAGCACAGGUCGUGAACGAAGUGGAGGAGGGCAUGUGCGAACGUGAGAAAGGGAGGGAGAGCGAGAGAGGGAGCGAACGGGAAUGAGUACGUGAAUGAUUUUACGAAUGAACGACCUUGGGAUCGACGUAGACGCGCGGGCGCGCCGUCGAGCGAGUGAGCUGAUCGAGUAAACGUGAAUGCUUCGUGAGCAUCAAGGAGGAGCGAAUGCGAAGACGAGAGUGAGAUUUUAGAAUGGCGUGCUUCAGGUAAUCUGAGGUCCUGUGAUCGUUAUAAGCGAAAUAUUUUUUUAUUUCCGGGUAAUAUAAUCUGAAACGCGUAAAACUCUUGCGUCGUUUUGAACUUUUACUUGCAAUAUACCGUUACGUUCUCGCAAUACUUAGGAUGAAGAAGAAUAAGAAGAAUAGGAAAUAAAGAAGGUGGAUGAACAAAAACAAAAGAACAAAAAAGAAAAUGAUGAUACGAAGAUGAGGAUGACGAGGGAGAGGAAGAGUAUGAAGAAAAGUCCGUAGGUUUGAUCGUGGAGCGAACUUUUAGAGACUCGAGCCCCUUACCUCCCUGAAAUACCCUUUUUCACGACGACCCGUUAAUUCAAAUCUCCAGAGCCGACCAAAUUUUUCAUCGUUCUAGCUUUCAUUAAGCUUAUGUAGAUCGUUCGUACUUUCGGUGGGAUUAUAUUUCGAUGAGACCAGACAAGACGCUGACCGUAAACUACAUCAGAUAGAAUCACGUUUUUGACAUUUCAUUGAUAAGAAUUUUCUCGAAAAUGCGAAUUCCUAAAAAAAAAGAAAGUAAUAAAGGCCAAAGUAGAAAAAAAAGUCGAUUCGAUGACACCUACGACAUGAUUCGAUUUCUUCGUUUGUUGAUUGAUAGUGCGGAAUUGUAUGGUAGCGUGCCGUGAAUUUGUUCACAUCUUUGGACCACCAACGUCGACCGCGUUACCGUUGUUGUCGUUUCCUUUCGGAGACUCUCGACGAAACUUUUCGUUCUUGAUCGGUUCGUUUUUCGAAAAAUCAUCCCAAGCCCAUUCGAUCCUCGCUGUCCAUUCGAAAAUUCUCCCCCUCAUCUCAUUUCCAAAAUGUAGACCUCCCAAAUUUAGUCAAAUGAAAUUUCGCCUACGAGUACAACUGACAAAAUCUUUUCUCUCGCUACGUUUGGAAAUCAUGUUUCCCGGGUAACGAACUGUGAGAAAUUGUCUAACACGAAAAUUAUCCCAUGAUGCAUGCAUCUCCUUCCCAUCUUUCAUGUCCAUUCGUUCGCCAAUUACGAAAAUAACCUAACGUCGUCAUCUUCGUUGAACGUAAAAGACACGCGCCGAGAAGCCGCCGGAUAGCCAGGCUUUUUGACCAUCUGGGACGAGAGAUGAAAAGAUCACUAAAGGAUUCAUCGUCAAAGCUACAUUUAACAAUCGCACUCGCCUCGCGAUCGGAACUCGACGGAUACGCCCGCUACGUUUCCUUUCGAAAAACUUGCAAAAAUUUGCCCUUUCGAAAGCGUUCUCCUCGCCAUUAGAAUUGAUAUAGUUUGCAAAUCGUGAACUCAAAAAAUUUAUGAUCUUCAUCUUGAUUUUUUUCGCGGGAGAGAAAGAAAUAAGAGCGGGCCUCCUCGAGUCCCAGCGAUCGUAACCGCGGGUCGAUUCAUUGAUCGUUAUUAUUAUAAAGUUUUUGCGUUACAGGGCGUUUUUUCCUCGGAUUAAGUAGUAUGUAAAUACACCUUGAUAUCACAAGCAUAAACUGAGAAUUUACUGGUAAACUUAAACGAACGUACAUAAUGCGAAAUAGGGUUAGUUUCUAUGUAAAUACCUAAAGCUGGACGAGUGCAUACACCUCGUUCACGCAACCAACGAUAAUCGUUUCUUAUCGAACCAGAGCUUCUGUUCGUUGUCGGCGCGUGCCCAUGACGAUCGGCGAUCGCUUCCGCCUUCCCUGACCUAGCCGCCGCCCUGAAGGGUGGAUUUUACAUCCCCGAGGGAGGGAUCGCGUGCGGCGGCGUUCGCUGUCUCGCGGGCAUCACCGAUCGGGAAAUUCUUUUUUUUUUCUCGACACUAAUACUCUGACACAUUGAUACACUUACACACAGACACACCUACACCACACGGCAUUGCGAUGGAUUGUACAGCUACGAUAGGAAAACAUGUAACAUCAAAAAACACAAUCGUCGCACAUUUCGACGCCCACCCGACAACCGAUUAGGGAUCGAUUUUUUCGGAACUUUUACAAUCGACAAAAAAUCGCGUAUUGCUUUUGGAUUACAAAAAAUAUAUAUACAUAUAUCGUGAACAAUGAAAAACAUAUGAUAGGUAGCGUGGCAAAAGUUUGGAGCGCUUCUGUGAGAAAGAUGCGAGCGUGCUGAACAAAAAAAAAAAUUGGAGAAUGAAAGAGACUUGAGAAAAUCUGAAAGAGAGCGGAUGCAAAAUUGAUAGUUUCGGAAAUCUGAUUAACAAAGGAAUGCCAGUCAAUAUCGCGCGGCAAGUUUAGGAAUGGACGAUGGAGCGAAUGGAUAGAAUUUAGCUUUAGGCGGAGCUGUUAGCACGUGUCGCGCAAAUUCGAAGCGCGGAGCAAAUUCUCGUUGGAAUUAGCGAGUCAUCUAAUAACGAUUAUUCGAGUGAAUCGUAAUUUCAUUUCACGGUCCUUAUAAAAUCGAGCGUCGAGAGAUAUCGAGAACGGUGCACGAGACAGGUAGUAAGAGCGCGAAAGAGCGAAGUAAGUAACGAAAGGAUGGAAAGGUCAGCGUUAGUAGUUACCACCACCAUCUCACCAUCACCAUCACAAAAAAAAAAGAAUUGAUAAAACAACAACGACAACAAUACAAAACACUACCACCACUACCACGUCGGGAUCCUUCAUGAUGAUCGCGGUCAUGAAACGAUUGACAGACGACUGUUUUCGAUCGGUGCAUCCUGCCGUGCGCCGAGGGUUGCUUUUUCGAUCAAAGCGACAUAACGAUCGGCGGAACGGUUUCAAACUUUUCCCCCGAUCGCGACAACACAAUCCCCUGCGCGAGAAGGAAGAAUUCCCGAGGCGCCGGCCCGUGCCCCGCAAACGUGUACCAUAAUUUUAAAUUUAAACGAAAGGUAAUGAAAAAAAAAAUAACACACACAAGCGCGUUAAACAAUAGAUCUAGUAGUGUAUGUUCUGUAAUCAACUGAGAAGUAAGCAAGGAUAAAGAUAAAGAAAAAGUAAUAAUAAAAAAAUGCGGGUCACCCCGCAAAAAAACACAAAAAAAAAUAAUUUACAAAUAUAUUGAUUUACAUAUGCCCGUAACUCGUAAGGGGGUCGGUGGCGCAAACGCGCCCGCGUGAGAUUUUCGGGCCUUACGACGACGACGUAGGGAGAAGAAGAGGAGACGGCGGGUCAUACACGGCGUCCGCGAGCCGCGACGCAAGACGAGCUCGCGGUCACAAAGCGGAAGCGGAUAAAGCGCGAGAGACCGUGGACAAUCUAAGGGAGAGGAGGUUGGGUCGUCCGUUUACGUCGCGAGAGAGGCGACGAGAGCCGCGCAAAGAGACGGAGAGGAAGAGAAGAAAGCGGCUGUGAGCAGCGACGAGAGAUACGAGAGGAGAAACGAUGGCUCACGCACGAACGCCUAACACGACGGGAGAAUCCAAGAGAGGAAAGCUCUCCCCCGAGGAAGAGGCGUCACGGACGACCCGAAGAUAUAUAAGCGCCCGGCCGUAGCCCACUCGUGGAAACGCGACUAGCGAGUAGUAGUCGAAGAGGCCCAUAAAAUGGUAAUGAUGAUAAAUAUAUAUAUAUGUACGGAAAGGUACAUAUAUAUACAUGAUGAAGAAAAUCCACAGCGCGACGUCGCAUGCAAAAUCGGCCCUACCCAUAAUCUUAAUCUCUUUCAUGUAAAUUUGCUAAAUGUUUAAAUAAUCUAAAAAGUGCCAUAGCCCGGAUGCGCUGGUGCAUACUCCCAGCGCAUACACACUUACAAAUACGACUCGACCUUCACGAAUCAAACGAAAAAUCCGCGGAUACGCGCGCGCGAACGCGCACGCGGCCGCGGUAGAAUUGGUAUUCACGCCAAGGAACAAGUACAAGUGACAACAGUGACAGGAACCAACGCAAACAGAGCACCCCAAGAAAGGCGCGUACCCCGCGUCCUGAAACGAAACACAAGUUAAAUAGAAGUUGCCCUGGUCCACGAGCGUGCAACCCCGCGCGCUCAAACAGAUCUCAAUACACGAGCACGCGUGCAUGCGUGCGUGCGUGCGCGCGUGUUCACCCGCAUGAUACAAGCUACAAGAACACAAUUUUACACUUCUUCUACACUUAAAGCACACUUGUCUACACUUGAUUACACACGCUACGGAUAUGUAAAGCCAAUUGAUUUUGUAAAUUGUAAUCCAAAAACGAAUUUUUGAAAAGAUAUCGAUUUGGCCCCGAAAUAACGUUAUAUUUUCGCGCGCGUCAUGCAGAAAACGCCGAUCCACCUAGGAAAAGCCCGUGGCCUUUCUCGCAAGAUAGAGAGAGAGAAUGGCUUGCUUUUCAGGCGGAGACGCGUCUUCUCGGGCGCCGUUGGAAAACAUUCGAUUUUUCACGGUAAUUUAGAGAAGAGAGAGCAAAAUUCAUGGAUGAUGUAACAGCACACGCGUUUGUGCUCGUAGUGCUACGUAAUAUGUAUAAAAUACGCAGCAAAAUUUCGCGGCCUUUGGCAUACGUUUGGAUGCAGUGUACCGAUGAUGAACGGUGCGUGCGUACUCGCGCGUGUCACGCGCGAGUGCGCACGCCCAAUACGCGUCCCGGACUUGACACGAGAGUACCCGGAAGUGACGUGUGGGCGGCCUCUUUGUCGGGCUAAGUUCCGACGAUGGACAGGUGGCGAGGUGCCAGAGAAUUUCGUCAAUGAGAGUCGAUGACGAGUGUGAGAGAGUAUAAGAAAAAGAUUUUAAGAAAUGCGACAAAGCGGCGAGCGAAGUUCGAGAGGAAGUUCAAAGCCCUUUGAUCGAGAAAGAAAGAACGAGAGAGAGAGAGAGAGAGAGAGAGAGAGAGAAAGAAAGAAUAGAAGGCACCUUGGAUGCCACCGAGAGACCCCUGUUCCACGAGACGUAAUCACCAAAGGUGUAAUAACCACAUAAGGAACACACAACCAAGAGGAAUGUGGCAGCGGCAAUUGCAUAAGGGCCGUUGUUCGAGUGCGGCUUUACAAGCAAAAACCGUUGGUUUGUUUUCGAUCGGGUUUUAAUUUUUUAAUGAAAUAAUCUCACGACGCGCGAAUACAUAUCACGUACGAUCGUGCGGGCGCGCGCGAACGCGCCCGACGCAAGGAUUUUGCGGCGCAGCUGAGAUUGUGCGGCAAUAUUUGUCGGGGGCAACGGCACGACGUACGACGUAUGUGCAUAUUAUUCGCGACAGUGUGUAUCGUAAGUGCGCAGCAUAUGAUAAAACCGACAGUCUAGCAGUGCGAGCGCCUCGGCGGCAUUCGCGUCUUCACGCGGUGACCCUGACCGAGCCUCCGUGAUUAAAAACCGGAAUAAGUUGUUUAAAUGUCCACUAUAUAAAUGAAAAAGCCAUAGUUGUUAAGGCGGUGGGUUCCGUCGUUCGGCGAGUCGAUUCGACCACACACCGCACACGCGUUCGUCCUGGCCCCAGAGAGAGAACUUCGAGAGAGAUGACGGCGGCGAGUCAACGGGGAAAAACGCGAGAGAGAGAUAGAAAGAGCAGGUACGGAGAUUUCAACGACCGCGAAAAACAUUUGGCAUACCGGCAAAAUUUCCGAGGUUCCUGGCAGAUCGAAACAAUUCGAGGUAGCCGAGACAAUCCGAUUUGGAAAUUUGGCAUCUAAAUGCGACGUUCGGCAAUCAAAAUUCGAUCAACUCUCGUCCACAUUCUCGUUUUACAUUUUUAACAUUAAACGUGAUUCUCUGAUUCCUAUUCUUAUCUCUUGACAGAGUUCUGCUGGCACUUUCCGUGCCAACAGAAGGGAUGAGAGUCAGAUGGCAGCGUUUAGCGUUAGACGUGUAGCGAAAGUGUGGAAUUUUUAUCUCGGCUACCGAGCGGAUGGGAAAGAAAAGAGUAGGAAAAUAUCGGAUACGAAGAGCCUCCAGAGACUCUAAACCUUAUGAUCGAUCGAAGUCGUGAAGAAGUAGCGACUGCCAUGAUCCCAAAUAAUCCAUACAAUUGAUAAUGGUCGACGACGACGAGCGUGCGGACCCAUCGCGCUGUCUCGUCACGGACAGAUCAUGCGAGCGCGACGGGCCGAUCGGCUAGAUCAAUGUCGCAUGGUCUCCCCGUGGCGAGGCGAUACUCUUUUCAAAAUAUUCUUCAUACUUCCGUUGAGAAGAAUGUGUUUCUUUCAACCUGAACCCGAGCAACCCCCCGCAUGCGUGUCCGAGGUGAAAGGCCGAGUCCGUUUAUUUGGCGUUAAACCGAAAAAAAAGGGGAAAAAAUAAUCGAUAAUCGCGCGAAAGAAAGAAAAAAACAGGUGAAAUUAGCACUUAUAAAUACGAAAAACUUUGCGAAUUAUUCAAAAGGAUAUACGUGAAUUGGCAUAUAGGAAAAAAAAAGAUGGAUCACGAGAAUGUGUGAGGUAAACCAGUAUAUUGUCCGCUGAGUGGGUGCCUUCGUCAGGGUUUUCCGUUACAGUAAACAGACAGUUCUCAAGUAUAACUCACAAUUAGUAGUGCUAUAGUAGGACAGUAAUCACAGUGUACCGCAGUUAAACAGUUAAAUAAGUAAGUAUACGGGAAGCACGUGGUCUUUUUCAGUGUCUGCAGAAUCUCGUCGUACGCUAUCUACCGUUAAUCGGCUAGUGGCACGACCGGAAGUAUACCGGAUUCAUUUCGUGCGCAACUUCCUACCGGAACCUCUCCCGUCCCGAUCCACCGUUUGGCUAAGCGUUUUCCUCCCUCUGACCCGAUUCUUUGGAUCUCGAACGGCCGGUGCAAAAAAGAUUCGAUCGUAUUAUCGUGAGAGAAACCGUAUCCUAAAAGCGAAAUUCAAAAAAAUUAAACUCCGAACCUCACCAAACCGGUCGUUCGCAAACCUUUCCUUUCACAAUUCAAUCGACAUUUAACAAAUAAAUAUGAUAAUAAGUGUACUAAGUGUCUGUGUAGUUUAGCCAACGUGUACGUUGUAUACUCUGAGAUAGGCGCGAGAAGGCGAGCUAACGAAGAAGAUAGGAACGCGAAGUGGGAGAGAUAGCGGGAGAAAGGAGUAGAGAGAGACAGAGAGAGAGAGAUAGACGAUUGCACGGUGGAGCCAUAUUUAACUAACUGAUAACAAUUAAUUAAUUACAGUAAUCAUUCAAGACUUAAUUAACAGUUAACCGUACCGCAUACACACAUGAAUAAUUAUUAAUUACACGUACUCCAGUAUAUAAGUAAGAGCCGAGCGGUAGCGCUGCGCAUACCGCGCGCACCGCCUCUAUCCAAUAAAGAAAUCGCGGAGGCACUCACUACGGAAAUCAAUGAGCAGGGACUUUGGGACUCGGACGCGGAUCGGAGGGUACCUGAACACGCGAGAGCCGGGAUUCCAGAUCGAAAUUAUCCGCAGAGUAUUCAACAGU